ACAGCCAGGUGCCCAGUGCGCAUGCGCGAGUAGCGCUGCACUUUGUGAAUGGUACGGCGUCUUCUGGGACACAUGACAGGUCCCAGAAGACGGCGGACCAAUCACAAAGCGCAGCGCUUCUCGUACAUGCACACUGGGCACCAGGCUGUCAGCCAGGUGCCCACACUAAAGGGAGGACAACUCUGCGGAAGUCAGCAGUCAUCUCCUGUACUGUCCACAGUCUCUGGUCAUCUCCUGUACUGUCCGCAGUCUCUGGUCAUCUCCUGUACUGUCCGCAGUCUCUCGUCA